UUCGUGGGCUGUGACCAGCCCUUGCUGCUGGGAAGGAGGCGAGGCGAGGCGCAGUGGGGGCAGCAGCAGCAGCCCGCCCCUCGCUCCAUGGCCGCGCAGUGAGCAGGAGCGGGGCACAGUGGCCGUGGCUCUGGAGCUGGCGCUGCGCGGAGAAGAAGCGAGCGAGCCGCCGCCCGCGCGGAAGUGUCGCCCGGCCGGCUGCGCGGCGCAGCAUGCGCCCGGCUGCUGCCUUCUGAUGCCCAGCCCCGCCGCGAUGAUCUCCCCGGAGCAGCCGCCGCAGCCCAACCAUGUCGUCGCGACCAUCGAGAACCUGCCGGCGGAGGGCGGCGCCGGCGGCAGCGGCAGGAGCAGCAUCUCCGCCUCCUCCUCCCCCGGCGUGCGCCAGCGGCUCCGGAAAGUGCUGAACAGGGAGCUCUUGCUGUCUGUGGCUCUUGGCCAGGUUUUGUCCCUUCUUAUCUGUGGCAUUGGCCUGACCAGCAAGUAUUUGUCAGAGGAUUUCCAUGCCAACACUCCUGUUUUUCAGAGCUUCCUCAAUUACAUCCUCCUGUUUUUGGUCUACACCACUACACUAGCUGUCAGACAAGGAGAAGAAAACUUGUUGGCAAUUUUGAAACGGAGAUGGUGGAAGUACAUGAUCCUGGGGAUAAUAGAUAUAGAAGCCAAUUACCUGGUAGUCAAAGCUUACCAAUACACCACUCUUACUAGUGUACAGCUCCUAGAUUGUUUUGUUAUCCCAGUGGUGAUAUUACUGUCCUGGUUCUUCCUGCUGGUCCGAUACAAGGCAGUUCAUUUCAUUGGAAUUGUGGUCUGCAUUCUGGGCAUGGGCUGUAUGGCAGGAGCAGACGUCCUUGUCGGGAGACAACAAGGAGCAGGUGAAAAUAAGCUGAUAGGGGAUCUCUUAGUACUAGGUGGAGCAACACUCUACGGCAUCUCCAAUGCUUGUGAGGAGUACAUUGUCCGAAACAUGAGUCGGGUGGAGUUCUUGGGCAUGAUUGGGCUGUUUGGCUCCUUCUUCAGUGGAAUUCAGCUUGCAAUAAUGGAACACAAGGAGUUGUUAAAAGUUCCCUGGGAUUGGCAAAUAGGGUUGCUGUAUGUUGGCUUUAGUGCCUGUAUGUUUGGCCUCUACAGCUUCAUGCCAGUGGUCAUUAAGAAAACCAGCGCUACUGCAGUCAACCUCUCCCUGCUCACAGCAGACCUGUACAGCCUAUUCUGUGGAUUAUUCCUCUUUAACUACAAGUUUUCAGGACUUUAUCUGCUGUCAUUCUUCACUAUCCUUGUUGGGCUGGUGCUGUACUCCUCCACGUCUACGUACGUAGCCCAGGAUCCACGGGUGUAUAAGCAGUUUCGAAACCCUUCAGGACCUGUUGUAGACUUGCCAGCAACCGGACAGCUGGAACCUUCAGUAACGUAUACCAGUCUAGGCCAGGAGACAGAAGAGGAGCCUCACGUCAGAGUUGCCUAAACCCAGGCACUUGUCUCCCACUGAUGAUUUCAGUGGAGUUUGUAUAUCCAUGAUCCCUGUAUUGUACAUAGAGAAAGGUAUUUACUGGGUACAGUUACACAGGUGAGCUUCAAGGUAGCAAUAGGGAAAGCUUGUAAAAGUUACAAACUAAUUGUCACUGGGUGUACAUUGCAAAGAGGUGACAGUCCCUUAUUUAGGGUGUUAGCAUUAUGCUGGUCUCAACAGAAUGUUCUAUGUGAAUCGCUCACUAUCAAAUGAUCUGUGAAGAUAUUCAAAAUACAAGCUGAAAUUACAUAGAAAUCAAAAGGGUAUUUUUGCACCUAUUGUGUGAUACUUUGCCAAGGCCACACCGAGUUGUGGAAAAGCCACAUUUUUUACAGCAAGUCCACUUGUACAAUCACUGUUAUUUUCUCUUUUUAAAAUGUGUUUGUUUUGCACAAAUAGGAGGGAUACUUCUGGUAGCUACACCCUGAUGCAUUUUUGGUAGCACCUGGAUCUUUUGGGAGAAAGGAUUAAUGAGUUCAGCU